UGAAAGAACUCACUUUCUUUCACCUCGGUCCAUUCUAUUAGCAUGUACCUUUUUUGAAUGGCGUACAUUGUUACAUAGCCACUGUGUCAGUUCAGUCGUCGCUGGCAGAUUCAUUGCAAAGUUGCGAAAACUGAAAUUUGACCAUAGCUUUUUUAGUUUGGGAAAGAUCCGGGCGCAAUUCGCGCUUGUGUCCGGUCAUACGCAUUAUAAAUACAAUUGUUAAACGGAUGGAUUGAACCAGUCGAACGGUGAGAGGACUUCCGCAAGCAGGACCCGUCAGGAGGUCAUUUGAUCGCAAGUGAACAUUUUCGUGUGUUCUGGAUCCGGGCCAAUAAACGUCGGUGGCAUUCUAUGUGAUGUGAAAGUGAAUAAUUGCAUUAAUAUCGUUCAACAAACCAGCAGCUUAUAAGGAAUACUCAUUUGUCUCCGCUGACGAAUUUGAAGACUGAAGUCGUGAUUUUAAUAAUGAUUGUGGUGGAAUCGAGUGCUGGGAAUAUGAAGAUGCUCACGCAAAUCACUAUUACUCUAGCGUUGAUCGUCGCCUGUACGUAUGCUAGCAGCACAAACAGCACCCACCACGUUGCCGCGCAACAUCCACCAUCAAAACAUCGCACGGCGCGACUUGUACGCGAGUUUCCGUCAUCUGUUGAGCCUCGGAUGCAAAGCAUCGAAUACCCAUCGUACAACAUCCCCAACCCAUAUGGCCCCGGGACAUAUGCUUUCGGAUAUGAAAUCGAGGACCCACAAACAGGGAAUGUGCAAUUUAGAGAUGAGGAAAAGCUGCAGAACGGUACCGUCCGAGGUUCAUAUGGGUACAUGCAACCGGACGGCAGUGUAAUCAUCACUCGGUUCUUGGCAGAUUUUCUGGGUUAUCGUGCAACCACCGAGAUCAGGAGAGCAGAUGGCCAAACAGUUGCUUCUUUUCCAGGUCGAUCACCGAUGCCCUACAACCCAGCUAUAAAUCCGGAUUUCAUUGACCCUCAAUAUAAUGCAGCUAUUCUCAGUCACAUCAAAAAUCAACAGUUUAACCCGUCGCAAGGAUUAGUCCAAUACCCCAAUGGGAUCGCUCCAAAUUUCCCAAUGCAGGAUAUAUCCGUUGGUCCUCCUGGACCCGUGUCUUAUGAUUCCUCAACGAACGGAAAUAACGGAAAUUUCUUUUCGAAUUUCUUCAAUCAAUUUCCUUCUAAUUUAAGCCCUGCCAAUAUCUACAACAACCUGCAAUCUACUUUUCCGAAUCUCAUUCCGCAGCAAAACCCUUUAAACACAUUUGCUACUAACGUUCAAAAUGGUUUCCAGCAGUUCACACAGAACAAUCCAUUCGGAAAUUUCGUUAGUAACGCCCAGUCCCAGUUCCAGCAAAACAAUCCAUUCGCUGGAUGGUUCAACAGGAACCGUUUCGGUCAGCAACAACAAGCACAGCAACUUCAAGAUACGUCUCAGCUGUUUUUGCAGCAGCAGCAACAGCAACAGUCCCUACCUCUCGGCUACACGGGAUUGAACGGUUUAGGGGCGUCGAAUUACCUGUCGGGGCAUAGAGUUCCCACCACGAAGCGCCGGCGAAUCAUCGGCACCACCAAGCGAAGGAAGCAUGGUCUCAAGACGCGCGAUGACGACACCGAUUGGUUGGAGGAGUUUCUGGAAAGCCGCAAACGCGAGAUGAUCUAUGGAUUGACGACGACCACUCCGGAAUCGGUACUGAAGGAGGCGAACGUUAGCAGCAAUAAAGUCGCUGUUUGAAGUGAAGUUGGGGGAGGAAAUGUUCGAAUUCAACCCAAUUUCAUAUAAUGGUGAGAAGCGGAAUCUUUCCGAAAAUGCCGAACUGAGAGUUUCCAAAAAAUGACGAUUUUUUUUAUGGAUAAGGUUAUUUAUUGUAUUUA